GGCAUUGAAGGCAGAUCAAAAUCCCCUUUCCCUUCUUAGUUGAUCUGUACACGUCCAUCCAUUUAAAUCAUAUAUACAUAUAUCAUUUUCCUUUUUAUUCUUCUUCUCAUACAUAUCUCUAAUCCUUAUCUACCAGUCUCAGCAUCUCAAUAUAAUUUCGUAUUUUUCUCUGAAGAUCAUCAAGGGAGAUCUUAUUCUUGUGGUGCUGGAGCUGGAGGCUGGCUGUAACAUGGAGUGACGGGGGUCAAUAAUUCAUUCUCCGGUGGGAAUAAUUGCUCCUUCUCCCCAUAAAUAUGUGCUCCACUCCUCUUCAUGCCUCGCGUAGAAUACACAUCACGAGGUUCGUAAGAGCGCCGAACAGGCUCCUCGUGGCGCCGCACUAGCCAACUCCAGAUCGAUCUACCUUAGCCAUGGAUAGUCACUCCGCGGUGACGAUGGAGGCCGGUGCACCAACGAGGAAGGAGUCCGGGCGGCUUCCUGCGCGGUACGGCGGGAACGCGCACGGCCACAGCGGCCUCGCCCGGACGGCGCAUGGCAUGUCCUCCUCCUCGCUGCGGAAGAAGUCGGACGCCACGCUGGUGCGCAAGGUGCCCGUCGCCUCGCUGCGCCCUGUUCUCGCCAACCUCCAGGAGAUCCUCCUCGGCACCAAGCUCGCCGUCCUCUUCGUCGCCGUGCCGCUCGCCGUCGUCGCGCAGUGCUUCCACUUCGGCCAGGUAUGGGUGUUUGCGCUUAGUCUGAUCGGCCUCAUUCCUCUGGCUGAGCGAGUCAGCUUCCUGACAGAGCAGAUUGCCCUCUACACUGGCCCCACAAUUGGCGGUCUCCUGAACGCGACGUGCGGCAACGCCACGGAGCUGAUCAUCGCCAUGUUCGCGCUGGUGCAAGGGAAGAUCGAGGUGGUGAAAUGCUCGCUGCUCGGCUCCGUGCUCUCCAACCUGCUUCUCGUCCUUGGCACCUCGCUCUUCUGUGGCGGUAUCAAGAACCUCGGGGCCAACCAGCCCUACGACCGGAAACAAGCGGACGUGAGCACGGGUCUGCUUACCCUUGGCGUGCUCUGCCAGUCUCUGCCGCUGCUGCUGCGUUACGCCGUCAGCUCCGGGGAACACGCUGUCGCCACUGACACCACGGUGCUGGAGCUCUCGAGGGCCUGCAGCUUCAUCAUGCUCCUCGCCUACGUUGCCUACCUCUUCUUCCAGCUCAAGACGCAUCGCCAGCUCUUCGAGCCGCAGGAGAUCGAGGGCGGCGACGAGGAGGAGGAGGAGGCGGUCCUCGGCUUUGGGAGCGCGCUCUUCUGGCUCAUCCUCAUGACCAUCAUCAUCGCUGUGCUCUCUGAGUAUGUCGUCGGCACCAUCGAGCCAACCUCGCAGUCGUGGGGACUCUCGGUGAGCUUCAUCAGCAUCAUCCUGCUCCCCAUCGUUGGUAACGCGGCGGAGCACGCCGGAGCCGUGAUCUUCGCCCUGAAGAACAAGCUCGACAUCACCCUCGGUGUUGCCUUGGGGUCGGCUACCCAGAUCUCCAUGUUCGUGGUGCCAUUGAGUGUCCUUGUCGCUUGGAUCAUGGGGAUUCAGAUGGAUCUCGACUUCAAGCUGCUAGAGACCGGCUCUCUCUUCAUCUCGGUGCUAGUGACGGCCUUCACCCUCCAGGAUGGAACGUCACAUUACCUCAAGGGAGUCCUCCUCCUCCUAUGCUACAUUGUUAUCGGCGCUUGCUUCUUUGUUACGAGACAAACAGAACAUCACGCGAACGGCAACGGCACGCUGCUGGAUGUCCCAAUGGGUCCCAUGAUUGUCCAGGUCGCAUAACUGAUUACUAAGAGGGCUGCCUCAACCAACUAGAAUGUGUGCAAGAUUGAGAACGAAGUGUUCGAGCCUGAAGCAACCAAAUUGUGUCUAUCAUAUAUGUGCAUAACUGUGCCAAGGAAGAGAAUUCCAUGCGUUCAGAGUCCCCAUCCAAAGGAAUUAGUUGAUUACUGUUGCGAGAAAAGCAUGCAAUUGUACCAGAUUUUUUCUUUAUUUUCUUGAACCGUACUGCUAGCUAUUUUUAUUGCUUCUUGUAUUGUCUAGGCUGUUCGGCAUGCAAUAAGGUUAGCUCAUAUGCGCGUAGCCAUGUGUAUACAUCGGCAUCAAUGGGUUGUUACAGUUAUGUGAAUCAGUAUGAUAUAUGUAAAGAUACAAACGUUGUUUC